AGCAAACUACGAAACCAUGCACUCGAGGGAUUGAAAAUGUUGGUAACAAAAGUUAAAACACUAGCAGUUUUCAAUUCCUUCAACCACCCCAUGUCAUUGAUUGAUCGCAGGAUCCAAUCCCUCUUCCCAAUUGUGUUGUAUUCAAUUCUAAUCCUAGGAAGUGCAAGGUUGGUCCUAGAUAGUUUGAAGAUCCACCAUAGCCUUGUUUUGAGGCUCUAUGGCAUGCCCUAUGGUGGAAGAAGUGGAUUACCAGUUGUGGUUUUGCCAGAGGAUCGCAUUGGGGAAGAUUGCAAUGUGUUUGAAGGGACAUGGGUUUGGGACAAUGUGUCCUAUCCUCUUUAUGAAGAAGAGAGUUGCCCUUACUUGGUUAAGCAAACCACUUGCCACAAGAAUGGGAGACUUGAUUCUUUCUACAAGAAUUGGAGGUGGCAGCCUAAUGGAUGCAACCUCCCCAGAUUUGACGCUUUGAAGUUGUUGCACAUGUUGAGGGACAAGAGAAUGAUGUUUAUUGGAGACUCGUUACAAAGAGGCCAAUUUGAGUCUAUGAUCUGUCUGAUACAAUCAGUAAUUCCUGAAGGAAAGAAAUCCCUCCAAAGAAUUCCUCCAAUGAAGAUCUUCAAAAUUGAGGAGUUCAAUGCAUCGAUUGAGUACUAUUGGGCUCCAUUCAUUGUGGAAUCCAUUUCAGAUCAUGCAACAAAUCACACGGUACAUAAACGAAUGGUCAGACUAGACUCCAUAGAUAACCAUGGCAAACAUUGGAAAGGAGUGGACUUUUUGGUGUUCGAGAGUUAUGUUUGGUGGAUGCACAAACCUUUGAUCAAUGCUACAUAUGGAUCGCCACACCAAGUCAAAGAAUAUAAUGUUACCACAGCUUAUAAAUUGGCUUUGGAAACAUGGGCAAAUUGGUUAGAAUCUAACAUAAAACCGCUGACUCAGAAGGUGUUUUUCAUGAGUAUGUCUCCUACACAUCUGUGGAGCUGGGAAUGGAAACCUGGCAGCAAUGAAAACUGUUUCAAUGAGUCACACCCAAUCCAAGGUCCAUACUGGGGUACAGGCUCAAAUCUUGAGAUUAUGAAGAUAUUACAUGAUGCACUACAAGUACUGAAAAUAGAUGUCACCCUUUUGAACAUCACACAAUUAUCCGAGUACAGAAAAGAUGCUCACACAUCAGUUUAUGGGGAGAGAAAAGGCAAGCUCUUGACAAAAGAACAGAGAGCCAACCCAAGAGAUUUUGCUGAUUGCAUUCACUGGUGCCUACCUGGAGUCCCUGAUGCAUGGAAUGAAAUCUUAUACGCAUAUCUGUUCAAGAAUUACCAAAACUUCUCAUGAAGUGGGCAAAGAAACCAUGAGAAAAAGCAUAAGCAUCUCCCAAAUUGGGGUGGGGUUGGGGGGCACUCAUACUUUUCAUCAGUGCAUCAUUAUAUUUCAUUUAGAAUCCAUCACUUUUUGUAACUCAAACAGAAAUAGACUAACUAACUAUUUUUUUUGGCCCAUGGACAUAAUCCAACAAAACUAAUGAUCAAGGACUAUC